GGAAGGCGUCACGCCCGAAGCGUUGCGCCUGGAAGUGUGCGCGCCGGUGCCAAAACCCGGACGCCCCGGGGACUUACCCAAGUCGCUAAGGCCGGUAGCACUAACGUCCUGUCUCGCAAAAGUGUGGGAGCGCGCGGCGCUCCGGAGGCUGCGAGCAGUGUUCCAGGCCGAGGACCUAUCCCUGUACGCACGAAACCAGUGUGGGGACACCCCGGGGAGGAGCGCGACCGACC